AUGGCACCCUACGACAGCGAUUCGGACGAUGAGGAGAACGAGACGCAGCUGAGCUACACAGAAACGGAAGUGCUUCUCGGCUAUGGAGAGCCAGACAAGGGCGAAGCUGCGGAUGGCAACGAGACAGUGAGCCGACUGGGGGGACGACCGAACUGGCUGGUGGCAGAACAGGCGCCGUCGGCGGCGCUAGCACGGUGCGGCGUGUGCAAGGCGUUGAUGGUGCUGCUGCUACAGCUGAACGGUGAGCUGCCGGACCGGUUCCCAGGCCACGAGCGACGGUUGUACGUAUUUGCAUGCCGGAACAAAGGCUGCCGACGCAAGGCUGGGAGCAUCCGGGCGAUACGGGGCGUGCGGAUGGAUGUGGCAGCAGCGGUGGCAGAGGCAGCGGCAGCAGCACGAAAGAAGAAGGAGAAGGAGGAGAGGGAGGCACGAGAGGCAAAGGAGGCCAAGCAGACGGCACCGGUGUUGGGCGAGGCGCUCUUUGGAGUGAAGAACCCGUUUGCAGCUGGAGGCAGCAAUCUUGGUGGUGGUGGCAGCAAUCCAUUUGGCGGCAAUCCGUUCUCGCUGGGCGGAGCUUCGGCAAACGGCAGCAAGAACCCCUUCAGCAUGGGCAGUCCGGCGGUGGCGAAAGAGGCAGCAGCGGAAGCGAAGGAAGCGAAGGAGACAGAAGAGGCCAAAGAGGUCAAGGACCUGCCACGGACGUUUGCAGAGACGCUGUCGCUGAACAACAAGGAGGCUGCAGCGCCGACAGCAGCACCGGUGAUCGAGCCGUGGCCGGCUGUCGAGACAUGGCCGGUGACAUACCCGGUCAGCUGGAUUGCGGAGGCCGAAUAUGAGACGCUGGAUCCGACGCCGGCAAUGCCGGAGCAGGCGGUGCAGAUGGAGGUGGAUGACGGCAGCGGCGGGGGAGGCAGCAGCGGAAAGGAGGACAAGUAUGUGUUUGAGUCGAGCAUGGACGCGGCCUUCCAGCGGUUUGCCGACCGGGUCAGCCAGAACCCGGAGCAGGUGAUUCGGUACGAGUUUGCGGGCCAGCCGUUGCUGUACAGCAAGGACGACACGGUGGCCGGGCUGUGGCAGACACAGCAGCAGGCAGGCGUCGGUGUGACGACGAUGGCGGCCGGCCCGCCGCGGUGCACAGCAUGCGGAGGGCGGCGGGUGUUUGAGGUGCAGCUGAUGCCUCAUGCCAUCGCGCUGCUGGAGGCGGACGAGAUGGGACUGGAGGGCAUGGACUGGGGCACGGUGAUGGUGGCUGUGUGCGAGCAGGACUGCCAGGGGCGCGGCAGAGUGGCCGACAAAGAGGCGACAUAUCUGGAGGAGUGGGUGGGCGUGCAAUGGGAGGAUUUGCAGGCGAAGCGCCGAAGCCCCACACAGUAUUUUUACACAGUACACACCGUCACGACGUCCAGCAUUGCCCCUCACAAGAAGCUCGCCAACAUCGCCAUCGGUUGCACGCAUGAACAGACGCCCGCACGGGCACCUGACGAACCGACACUCCGGCAGGACGACGGCGCCAUGGCACAGGCGGGCCAGCAGGCAUCCGGCACCGGCGAGUCAUCAACAGCAGUAGCAGAUCCUGCGACGCCGGCCAGCUUUGCCUUUCCGCACUAUUACUACUUUCCGCCCAUGUUCACGCUGCAGCCGAACCUGGCGACGCGUCGCGCCCAGAUGGACAAGUGGACGGCCCUCGUGCUGGCCUACUGCCGGCACUACCGCAUCUUCCGGCUGGUACUAGGCGAGCCGCCCGGUGCAGAGACCAAGACAAGAGAGACGAGCAGAGGGCCUGUCCGCAUCGACACGGGCGGCAUGGACGACGACGACGACACCCCCCGCAGCGUGCCGUACUACGCGCCCGACCUGUUCCGCAAUCGGCAGAUCGACCGGGCGCUCACGAUGGCGGCCACACGCGAAGUCCUCGAGGCCAUGCGCCAGGAAGGCCGUGCCGAGUGGGUGGGUGCCGGCGAGAAUGGCAGCAGCCCGGGACCUUUGGCAGCCGAUGCUGCCGCGACCGCUGCUGCUGCCUACAUCUACUGGAAGACGGCCGAGGAAUGGGCUGCGCUCGUGGACGCCUGGAUCGACGACACCGCACAGCGCGGCAGCGUGCUCACGCUCUACGAACUCACGGCUGGCGACGCCACGCGCGGCUCCGAGCUGCACGGACUCGACCCUGUCGUCCUGCAGCGCGCCCUCGCCGUUCUCGUCAAGCGCGGCCGCGCACAGGUCUUUGGGGCUGCUGGCUCGCUGGGAGUGAAGUUUUUUUAG